AUGGAAAACAUCACCCAAAAAGCCGAAGCCUUCAUCCAAUCCUACAAACGCGCCAUGGAAAAAUCCCUCGCCCCCUCCCCCUCCCUUACCGAAUGCGCCGCCGCCCUCGCCUCACACUACAAGCCCGGCUUCAUCUCCUUCGCCUUCGGCCAAGCAACCGACCUAACCUCCAACCCCCAAACCACAAGCCCCGAAACCAUCGUCGCAAAACACCUAGAACGCUUCGACAAGGCCGGGUUCGGCUGGAAGGUGCGGCUGGCCAGGCACGAAAUCCAGGUCUACUCCCAGGGGAGCGCGCAGUGCUGGCUGACGUGGGAGAUUGAGCCGAAGGGGUUGGAGGGGUGGCGGUGGACGAAUAUUUAUGGUUUCAGGUUGUUGCCGGAUGAGAGGGGGGUGCUUGUGGGGGAGGGGGUUUGGGAGUAUUGUGUUUCGGAUCAGGAGAUUGGGGGGUUGUUGGAGAGGUGUCCUAAGUUUUUUGAACUUGCUUAG